AUGCUCGGCCACCAGUCCGAGGAGGCCUACCGUCGAAGUGCGGCCAACACAAUUCCCAACGAACUCCAUCACCGGGCAAGUCGCGACUACACCCGCUACGAAUACCCAGACGAGACACGCCCAGAACUCAACACCGCAGUAUCCCACGAUGGCACCUGGGGAGAACGCGAUGUUGGUGGCCCUGUCGACAGAGAGGCUGCCAUGCAGGACUUUGAAGAACUUCGGCAGGGUCUCUCGCGGUUGACCAGGGAAAGAUCAACCAGAUCAAAACCAGGUUCGCGUCCGGUGUCGAGGGCAUCUCGCGCUACCAGCGGGAGACCAGAUGGCUUGUUCAAGCGCUUGUCAGUUGCCAUGAGCAACGCUAUGGGCGAUGGCAAGCAACAUGACCAGGACUCUGAGGACGAGGGCCACGGAGACAUUUUGUCUAGCGACCGGAAUAGCGACGAGGACUUUCAGCUCGAACAGUUCAUGCGCGAUGGCCAUCUCGAGAAGCGCAACGAGGCCGGCGAGUCCACCAAGAAAGUCGGCGUCGUCUUCAAGAACCUCACCGUCAAGGGUGUCAGCACCGGCGCCACCUUUGUUCGAACACUCCCCGAAGCCAUCUUGGGCACCUUUGGCCCCGAUCUCUACCGCAUUCUCGGCAACUACAUUCCUGCUUUGCGCUUCGGUCGGAAGCCAGAGCUCCGGACACUGCUCAACAACUUCACCGGUGUUGUUCGUCAUGGAGAGAUCAUGCUUGUUCUUGGUCGUCCAGGCAGCGGCUGCAGCACCUUCCUCAAGGUCAUCGCCAACAACCGCAUGGGUUACGCUGGUGUAGAGGGUGAAGUCCACUACAGCGGCAUCUCUGCUGAGGAAGUAGCCAAGAAGUACCGCGGCGAGGUUGUCUACAACGGCGAGGAUGACUUGCAUCUGCCUACCCUCACCGUCGAGCAGACACUCAAGUUUUCUCUCCUCAACAAGACCAAGAAGCGCCUGCGCGGUGACAUGGAGCUCAUCGUCACCGCUCUGCUCAAGAUGUUCGCCAUGUCCCAUACCCGCCAUACGAUUGUCGGUGACGCCUACGUCCGUGGCGUAUCCGGUGGUGAGCGCAAGCGUGUUUCCAUCCAGGAGUCUUUGGCCACCAAGUCCUCUGUCGUGUGCUGGGACAACUCUACCCGUGGUCUCGAUGCCUCCACAGCCCUCGACUAUGCCCGCUCUUUGCGCAUCAUGACCGACGUCAGCGACCGCACCACCAUCACCACGCUGUACCAAGCCGGCGAGGGUAUCUACGAGCUGAUGGACAAGGUUCUCGUCAUCGACGAAGGCCGGAUGCUCUACCAAGGCCCGGCAUCCAAAGCCAGACAAUAUUUCAUCGAUCUCGGUUUCCACGCGCCGCCAAGACAAACCACACCGGACUUCCUCACCUCCAUCUGUGACCCCAAUGCUCGCCAUUUCCGUGACGGUUGGAAGGAUCGCUGCCCCAAAACGGCCGAAGACCUCGAGAAGGCCUUCCUCGCCAGUGAGGCCUACCAAGACGUCCUCACCGACGUUCGCGACUACGAAUCCCAUCUCCUCAAAACCAACCACGCCGACACCAAUGCCUUCAAGGAGUCCGUCUCCGAGCAAAAGUCCCGCCGCGUCUCGGACGAGUCCAACUACACCGUCUCCUUCUUCAAGCAAGAACUGUGGACCAAGUUCUUCAUUAUCGUUAGCAACGCUCUUGUAGUCAGCUCCCUGUUCUAUGACUCACCCACCGAUACCUCCGGCGCCUUUAUGAGAGGCGGCACCGUCUUCUUCAGCAUCGUCUUUCUCGGCUGGCUCCAGAUGUCGGAGCUGAUGAAGGCUGUCAGUGGCAGGGCGGUGGUUGGCAGGCAUCGGGCGUAUGCCUUUUACCGACCAUCGGCUGUCAACCUCGCUCGUGCUAUUAUGGAUUUCCCCUUGUUGCUGGCCCAGGUCAUCAUCUUCAGCUUGAUUGUCUACUUCAUGACAGGGCUGGACCGCGACCCGGGCAAGUUCUUCACCUACUGUCUCUUGAUCUUCACGACUACUUACUGUCUGACUGCCUUGUAUCGCAUGUUUGCCGCUUUGAGCCCGUCCAUCGACGACGCGGUGCGGUUUGCUGGUCUGGCCCUCAACUUGGUCGUCAUGUACUGCGGGUAUGUUAUGACCAAACCUGUCAUGCUUGGCGAGAAGAUAUGGUUCGGCUGGCUGUACCAUGUCAGUCCCGUCAGCUACUCGUUCGAGGCAGUCUUGUCCAACGACUUUCACGGAAGGGAGAUGCAAUGCUCGCCGGAGAUGUUGGUACCCCAGGGUACUGGUAUUCAGCCGCAGAAUCAGGGAUGCACGCUUCCGGGUGGCAGGCCGGGAGAUGACAGAGUGAACGGAGAUGCCUAUCUCGCCAACCAGUUCCAGUACAGCUUUGGACACGUGUGGAGAAACUGGGGAGUUGUUGUCGCUUUUGUGGUGCUGUAUCUGCUUGUCACGGUGUUGGCGACCGAGGGGCUGUCCUUUGUUGGUGGCGGCGGCGGUGCUCUUGUGUUCAAGAAGUCUUCCAAAAACAAGAAGCAUCUCGCUGUCCUUAAAGGCAAGCAUGAUGAAGAAAAGGGCAGCUCGAGAGGAUCCUCUACCGACGAUUUUGGACACAAGACUCCCAGUGGUCCAUCUCGCAAGGACAUGGAAGGCACCAUUGAGAAGUCUGAAAAGGUUUUCACCUGGGAGAAUGUCACUUACACUGUUCCCACCCCUAUGGGCCCCAAGCGGCUUCUCAACAAGGUGUCUGGCUACGCCAAACCAGGCGUCAUGGUCGCUUUGAUGGGUGCCUCCGGAGCCGGCAAGACCACCCUUCUCAACACCUUGUCUCAGCGCCAGACUGUCGGUGUAGUUACUGGCGACAUGCUCGUUGACAACAAGCCCCUUGGUACCGAUUUCCAACGCAGUACCGGUUUUGUUGAGCAAAUGGAUUUGCACGAUGAGUCUACUACCAUCCGUGAAGCUCUCGAGUUCUCUGCCUUGCUUCGUCAAUCCCGCGAUAUCCCCCGUGCUGAAAAGAUUGCCUACGUCGAUAGCAUCAUCAACCUCCUCGAGCUGGAAGAUAUCCAAGAUGCCAUCAUCUGUUCCUUGGGCGUUGAGCAGAAGAAGCGGUUGACGAUCGGUGUCGAGCUGGCUGCUAAGCCAUCCCUCUUGCUGUUCCUUGACGAGCCCACCAGUGGCUUGGACUCCCAAUCGGCAAUGUCUAUCGUCCGUUUCCUGAGGAAGUUGUGUGCUGCUGGACAAGCUAUCGUUUGCACCAUCCAUCAGCCCAGCUCCGACCUGAUCCAGGAGUUUGACAAAAUCCUUGCCCUCAAUCCAGGCGGUAACGUCUUCUACUUUGGUCCCGUUGGCGAGAACGGUUCUUCGGUUGUCAACUAUUUUGCCGAUCGUGGAGUUGAGUGUCCCCCGGGUAAGAACGUGGCCGAGUUCCUCCUUGAGACAGCCGCGAAGCCUCACCGUCGUGUAGAUGAAGACGGCAAGACCAGGAGGGUGCAUUGGGCGACGGAGUGGAAGGAGUCCGACGAAUACCGUCAAGUCCUUUCCGAGAUCUCCCAGAUCAAGAAAACCCGUACGCUGGCCGCCCAACUUUCUCUCAAUAACAACCAAGUCCAACCCAUCCAACACGAGUUUGCCGCCCCUAUCCCGAUGCAAGCCUGGCUCCUCACCAAACGCAUGUUCAUCCGCCAAUGGCGCGACCCGUCCUACCUCUACGGCCGCCUCUUUAUUUCCCUGGUCAUGGGCAUCUUCAACGGCUUCACCUACUACAAGAUCUCCUCUCCCACUCCGGGCUCCUCCCCUCUCUCUCUAACCGAGCUUCAAAACACGUUGUUUACAGCCUUCCUAAUCAUCAUGAUCCCCACCACCGUACUCAACGCUGUCCUGCCCAAAUUCUAUAUGUCCCGCGCCCUCUGGGAAGCCCGCGAGCACCCCUCCCGUAUCUACGGGUGGGUAGCUUUCUGCACUGCCGAGAUCCUCUCUGAAAUCCCUGGCUCGCUGGUAGCAGGCACCAUCUACUUCCUAGCAUGGUACCUCCCCACCGGCCUCCCGCGCGGCACCGGUCACGCCGAGGCCGAAUCCGCAGUCUACGUCUGGCUGAUGACCGUGUCAUUCAUGAUCUUCAUCGCCUCCUGGGGUCAAUGGAUCUGCGCCUUUGCUCCUUCCUUCGCAGUCAUCACCAACGUCCUGCCCUUCUUCCUGGUCAUUUUUUGUCUGUUCAACGGCGUCGUCGUCCCCUGGGAACAGAUGAAUGUGGCAUGGAAGUGGUGGUUAUACUACCUCAACCCAGCGACCUACUGGAUCGGCGGGAUAAUGGCUGCUGUUCUCAGAAACCAAACCGUUCAUUGUUCUGAUACCGAGAUGGCGGUGUUCAGGCCGCCGGUCGGAGAGACGUGUCAGGGUUUUGCAGGCAACUGGGCCGCUGGGGUGGGAAGGGGGUAUCUCACGACGCUGGGCGUUUUUGACGAUGGUAAUGGAGGGGGAGCAGGGCUCGAGUGCGGGUAUUGUCCUUAUAAAGAUGGGGAGGAGUAUUUGGGCAGUUUGAAUGUGAGGGGUGGACAGAUGUGGAGGGAUUUUGGGAUUUUUGCGGCUUUUUGUCUGAGUAAUUGGGCGCUGGUCUACUUCUUCAUCUACACCGUUAGAGUCAAGGGGUGGUCUUUCGGUUUCGGCUUCAUUGGUAGAGUGGCUGGGGCGGUUGUUGGGACGAUCAAGGAGAGCGUUAGAGGUGUGUUUGGUGGGAAGAAGGAGGAGAAGGAGAAGGAUGUAAAGGAGAAGAACUGA